AUAAAAGCCUUCUUUACCAACCUCCCUCCUUCCCUCCAAAAUUUUCAAGAGAACGGACACUUCAAACUUCAGAAGAAAGGUUCACCAGUGAAGUUCCCUUUUACAUCUUUUUGAAUCUUUGGAUCCUUGGUGGUGGUGGGCAGUAGCCAUUGCCAUUUUGGGAUGACGACUGUCACUGUGCCUUUUGGGAAUACAUUGCUGCCUUGCUUAAGGUCUCGACCUUCAAACUCUAAUUUAAGCAGAUUGCGGCUAUGCCAUGAAGGUGUCUUGAACAAGAUGAAGGCAUUUGCAUCGUCAAGUUCAAGAUUACUACUCAAUUCUUGGGGUGUCAAAAAAUGCCAGCAAAUCAGACAUAAAAGGCGGUAUAUUAUUCUAUCCUGAUCUUUUCCUAUUUCCAUGUUUGCAUCUUUUCUAUCUUCUUUUUAUUUCCUUCCUUUUUCCUUUUUGUCAUAAUUUACAUAUUGGGUUGGUAUUUGUGAUUAAUUUUGAGAUCUCUGCAACAGUCUUUUUAUUUUUGGACCAAGGAGCAGUCUUUCUAAAUUUGAUUCUUUUUUCUUUAUUGUUCUCCUCAAGCUUGCAUUCUUGACUGUGCAUCACACACGGAUACAAUUCUUUCUUUGC